AUGUCGUCUCUCCUAGAUGCCGCUCUGCGUUCCGAUGCUGUACCCACGCCUGGUAGUGAACCAGGUGCUACUCCACGAAAUCAAUUCCGCUCCUCUUCUAUGCGACCACGCGCGCCCCCUUCCGAAAGCGCAGGCGCACACAGUGACCAUGAAGGCUUCGCAGACGACGAGGUUGUAGGAAGAGGAGGACCCGGGCGGAGGGCGAAUGGGCCCCGGACAGACAUACCGAAGGUCGUGGACGUGACAGGAGAGACGCUGUCGCAGCGGUUCCAGGAGUUCCUCGAGAGCUACACUGAAGAUCCAACUUCCUCGGCGCUGCCCGUUUCCAGUGUACCAGUAACGGACAAGUACUACAUUGCGCAGGUCAAAGGAAUGAAGCUGUAUGGAUUGUCUACGCUUUACGUCGACUAUACACAUUUGCAAAGGCAUGAAGACGGCAUUGUGGCAGCCGCUGUCGCGAGCGAGUACUACCGAUUCCUCCCAUAUAUGAUCCGCGCUUUACACAACUUGAUCGCGAAGUAUGAGCCUCAAUAUUUUCGCGAUCAUCGUCAGCCCACAGCCACCGGCACAGCUACGUCUACUUCGCGGUCGGAACGAGCAUAUGAGGAAGCAACAAGUCAAAACGAUAGCCUUAACGAGAAGACUGCAAACCAACAGACCGACAAGAUCUUUACCCUAGCCUUCUAUAAUCUGCCUCUAAUUUCAAGGAUUCGCCAACUACGAACAGAGUCGAUCGGUCGUCUGCUGUCAAUCUCUGGCACUGCGACUCGCACAUCAGAAGUCCGUCCCGAGCUUUCCAUGGCUACCUUCAUCUGCGAGGCUUGCAACACGGUCGUGCCCAAUGUCGAGCAGACGUUCAAGUACACUGAGCCAACACAAUGUCCGAACACAGUCUGCAUGAAUCGUGAAGGGUGGCGGUUAGACAUCAGACAGUCCACGUUUGUCGAUUGGCAGAAAGUACGAAUUCAAGAGAACAGUUCAGAAAUUCCCACAGGUAGCAUGCCACGCACAAUGGACGUGAUCUUGCGAGGAGAAAUGGUUGAUCGAGCCAAGGCUGGAGAAAAGUGUAUAUUUACUGGAACUGCCAUCGUGAUCCCAGAUGUCAGCCAGUUCAGGGUUCCCGGUGUGAGGGCGCAAGCAACUAGGGACAACUCGGGGGCUGCCCGCGGAGCGGACGUCGGCGGGUCCGGCGUCAGUGGCCUCAAAGCUCUAGGUGUACGCGAUUUGACUUACCGCAUGUCAUUCCUGGCCUGUAUGGUAACUCCCGACACAUCCACCCCAGGGCAGUCUUCAAAUCACCACAUGACUGGUCAAGCAAGCAAUAUCCUGGCAUCACUCAACCAAGCGCAAGCAAUGGAGUCUGACAAAAACGGCGAGGAAGCUCAAGCUGAAUACCUCUCAACCCUCACUCCAGCUGAGAUCCAGGAUCUGAAAGAUAUGGUACACAAGCCUAACAUUUUCAUGCGGUUAGUCGACUCUAUCGCACCCACGGUGUAUGGCCACCAAGUCAUCAAGAAGGGUCUUCUCCUCCAACUGAUGAGUGGUGUAUCGAAACAGACACCAGAAGGUAUGGAUCUCCGUGGCGACCUCAACAUCUGCAUCGUCGGCGACCCAUCGACAUCCAAGUCGCAGUUCCUUAAGUACAUCUGCAGUUUCCUUCCUCGAGCUGUAUACACUUCUGGCAAAGCUUCAUCCGCCGCUGGUUUGACAGCUGCUGUUGUCAAAGAUGAAGAGACGGGCGAGUUUACUAUCGAAGCAGGAGCCCUCAUGUUGGCAGAUAAUGGUAUCUGUGCGAUCGACGAGUUUGACAAGAUGGAUAUCGCGGACCAGGUUGCUAUCCACGAAGCUAUGGAACAGCAGACCAUCUCCAUCGCAAAAGCAGGUAUCCAAGCAACGCUCAAUGCCCGGACAUCCAUCCUCGCAGCUGCGAACCCCGUCGGCGGUCGUUAUAAUCGUAAGACCACGCUUCGAGCCAAUGUCAACAUGUCUGCACCCAUCAUGUCGCGUUUCGAUCUUUUCUUUGUUGUACUCGACGAGUGCGACGAGGCCGUAGAUCGCCACUUGGCGGAGCACAUCGUAGGUCUCCACCAGUUCCGCGACGAGGCUAUCGAGCCAGAAUUCAGCACCGAGCAACUACAACGCUACAUCCGUUUCGCCAAGACGUUCCAGCCCGUAUUCACAGACGAGGCAAAAGAGACCCUGGUGGAGAAAUACAAAGAGCUCCGUGCCGAUGACGCUCAAGGUGGCAUCGGAAGGAACAGCUACCGCAUUACCGUUCGUCAACUCGAGAGUAUGAUUCGGUUGUCAGAGGCAAUUGCUAAAGCCAAUUGUGUCAUUGACAUCACACCCGACUUCGUUCGAGAAGCAUACAACCUUCUCCGGCAGUCCAUCAUCAGCGUCGAGAAGGACGACGUGGAAAUGGAAGAUGAAGACGACGAGGCACUCCUUGCUGCUGCCGCUGCCGCUGCCGCUGAGACCCAAGAGGGCGACGCAGAUAUGGGCGCAGACGAAGAACAGCAAGACGGUACGAGCGCUCGCGCUCCAAGCCGUACGCCUGCGCCGCCUCGCGAGAAGACAAAGAUCACGCAUGACAAGUACAUCUCCAUGCGGAAUUUGUUCGUCAAGCGCAUCAACGAGGACCAAGCUGCCACCGAAGACGGUGUCGAGGAAGAGGAUCUCCUCAUCUGGUACCUCGAACAGAAAGAAUCCGAGCUGGAGACACAAGAGGAUCUAGAAAAGGAAAGGGACUUGGCUAAAAAGGUGCUGAAGAAGGUUUGCAAGGAGCAAUAUCUCAUGCAAAUCCGCGGCGAGGGCUUGGCUGAUGAGCAGGGGCAGGCCGAGGCUGCAGCCAAGGUUGUGUAUGUGCUGCACCCGAACUGUCCGGUUGAGGAUAUUGUAUAA